UCAAGGUGUGAAUCCUCCCUUACACAAGGCUUUACAUUCAUAGUUUGUUUUAAUGUGGUAUAGAAUUUCCUGAGUUUGAUUGUUUGCGGAAAACUCGCACGGCGCGACGAAAUCAAGUUCGUUCCGGCUAAUUUGUCGGGAACGAGGGAAGCAUCGGACGCGCGCAUGGCGGUGUGACUCUCUUCGUUACUGCUCGUCACGAUCAGUCACGAUUAGUGUUUACCUAUUUACCUAUUUAUCCUGCGCUACGAUUAAUUUGGCACGUCGAGAUCGUCGCGGUGAAAUUUUUCACACGCGACACGUGAAACGGCGUCGAGGGAAGCGCUGUUGUUGCAACUUGCAACGCGAUUUUACCUCCCUCUUUCCGAUGGAGAUGCUCUAGCUAACAGAUCCCGGUUGAUCCCGGUCAACGUCCGUUGCGAUACGAUGGAGUUAACGUCGUUGCUGAAAUCUGCGCUAAGUCUUUGCCAGUGUCACGCUCGCGUUAUCGUAUCAUAAAAUGGGUACAACUAUAUCACAAUUGGAACGAGAUAUUGGCUCUGAUCAGUUUCCACCUAAUGAACAUUAUUUUGGUUUAGUCAAUUUUGGUAACACUUGUUAUAGCAACUCAGUGUUACAAGCUUUAUAUUUUUGUCGACCAUUUAGAGAAAAAGUAUUGGAAUACAAAGCUAGAAAUAAACGAACUAAAGAGACACUACUAACAUGUCUGGCAGAUCUAUUUUACAGUAUUGCAACUCAAAAGAAAAAAGUAGGUUCUAUCGCACCAAAAAAAUUUAUUGCCAGAUUGAGAAAAGAGAAAGAGGAAUUUGAUAAUUACAUGCAACAAGAUGCACACGAAUUUUUGAAUUUUCUUAUAAAUCACAUAAAUGAAAUUAUUCUGGCGGAGAGAACUCAAAGUAAACCAACUGGAGGAAAAUGUGGGGCAGGGGAUGCUGCAGGUUCGCCACCAGAGCCUACAUGGGUUCACGAGAUAUUCCAAGGAAUAUUGACGUCGGAAACACGCUGCCUUAACUGUGAGACUGUUUCUAGCAAAGACGAGGACUUCUUCGAUCUGCAAGUUGAUGUAGAUCAAAAUACUUCGAUUACACACUGCCUCAGAUGUUUCUCCAAUACAGAGACCCUAUGUAGUGACAACAAAUUUAAAUGCGAUCACUGCAGCAGUUAUCAGGAAGCUCAGAAACGAAUGAGAGUAAAGAAACUACCUAUGAUACUAGCAUUGCAUUUAAAGAGAUUUAAAUAUGUGGAACAGUACAAUCGUCACAUAAAAGUAUCUCACAGGGUAGUUUUUCCAUUGGAGCUCAGACUUUUCAAUACUAGUGAUGAUGCUGUAAACCCAGAUCGUUUGUACGAUCUGGUGGCAGUUGUGAUACAUUGUGGAAGUGGGCCUAACCGAGGGCAUUACAUUUCUAUAGUUAAAAGUCAUGGAUUCUGGUUGCUCUUUGAUGAUGAUAUGGUCGAUAAAAUUGAUGCGUCAACUAUAGAAGAUUUUUAUGGACUUACGUCAGAUAUUCAGAAGAGUUCUGAAACUGGUUAUAUCCUGUUCUAUCAAUCGCGAGAUUGUAGUUAAAGUUUAAUAUAAAUAGCAAUUGAAGUUAAGCACUCUACGCUAAUUUCAUAUUUUAAUAAAGUGCGCCGUGCAUGUGAACUUUGAAUGUUCUAAUGGUUUAUCAGAUUAUUUAUGAGAAUGAUAUACAAUGUUUGAUAAUGUUUUGGCGCGUAGAGUAUAUAGAAAGAGAAGAAAAAUGUAGUUUCGUAGUUUUUCGAAAAUUCGAUAGGAUUUUUGAUUUGUACAUAAGCCGUAUAUAAUUAUUUGAAAAAAAUUGAAAACAGUUUAUACCAUAUGAUGCUUUAUGCUUAUGUUCAAAAGCUAAUCUGUCUUUUGAAGAUGGAUAAUUUACAUUAUUACAAUAACUUCCAUGUCCAUUGAUAUAGAAAAAAAAAACGUUGGAAGCACUAUCAGAUUCUAUACAAAUGUAAAAAAGAUAUGACUGAGAAUAAAAAAAUUGUUAUGAAGGUA